ACUCCCUUGUCGACUCCAGCCAGGUGUCAACCUUCCUCAUCUCCAUCCUUCUCAUGGUCUAUGGCAGCUUCAGGUCAUUAAACAUGGACUGUGAGAACCGAAAGGACAAGGAUGGAAACCCCAUCAGCCCCUGCUCCUUCAACAAUGCCAACUCUAACAACAGUAUUCAGACCAUAGACUCCACACAGGCGCUGUUCUUGCCCAUCGGAGCCUCCGUGUCUCUGCUCGUCAUGUUUUUCUUCUUCGACUCUGUUCAGGUGGUGUUCACCAUAUGCACUGCAGUUCUAGCGACCAUCGCUGCAUUUCUCCUGCUGCCGGUGUGCCAGUAUCUGACCAGGCCCUGCUCCAGCGUGUCUCUUGUCUGCAGGAUCUCGUUCGGCUGCUGCGGCCGCUUCACGUUGGCGGAGCUGCUGUCGUUUUCGCUCUCUGUCAUGCUGGUUCUCAUCUGGGUGCUGACGGGCCACUGGCUGCUCAUGGACGCUCUUGCAAUGGGUCUCUGUGUGGCCAUGAUCGCAUUUGUGCGGCUGCCUAGUCUCAAGGUGUCAUGCCUGCUGCUGUCCGGCCUCCUCAUCUAUGAUGUGUUCUGGGUCUUCUUCUCCGCCUACAUCUUCAACAGCAACGUGAUGGUGAAGGUGGCCACGCAGCCUGCCGACAACCCCCUCGACGUGCUCUCACGCAAGCUGCACCUGGGCCCCGGCAUGGGACGGGACGUCCCCCGCCUCUCCCUGCCAGGAAAGCUGGUGUUCCCCAGCUCCACGCGCAGCCACUUCUCCAUGCUGGGCAUCGGUGAUAUCGUCAUGCCGGGCCUGCUGCUGUGCUUCGUGCUCCGAUACGACAACUAUAAGAAACAGGCCAAUGGAGAAGUGCCCGGUCCUGUCAACAUGUCCGGCCGCAUGCAGCGGGUUUCCUACUUCCACUGCACCCUGAUUGGUUACUUUGUUGGUCUGUUGACUGCAACUGUGGCCUCUCGUAUUCACCGCGCGGCCCAGCCUGCCCUCCUGUACCUGGUGCCCUUCACCCUGCUGCCUCUGCUCACCAUGGCCUACCUGAAGGGGGACCUGCGGCGCAUGUGGUCCGAGCCCUUCCAUGCCAAGUCCAGCAGCUCCCGCUUCCUGGAGGUAUGAUGCUGCUCCGACCAGCACAAGUUCCCACCAUUCCUCCAUUCCCACCCACCGGAUAGAGAGAGAGAGAGGUCGGAAGAGAGGAACUGCACUCGUCUUCUCAUCAUCCCUCAUUCCCAUUGUCAUCCUCCAGCCAGUGGAUGAGCAGCUGCGUCGGACUUCACUGCCAGAUGGAUUCAUGCACUCCUCUCAUCUCCAUACAUACUCUCUUGGUCUUUUUUUUUUCUCUCUACCUCUUUUCUUUCUCAGCUCCAUUCCACCUUCAUCACACCACCUUUCUCUCUCUUGCUUAUAUCCCAUCAUACCAUUCUUUCCUGUUCAACUGGAGCCGCAUUUUCCCGGAUCGCUCCACAUCUGGACGUGAACCGGAGCCUCUUUGAGCUCGAAGUGUGUUUCCAUUUGUACCGUCUGGCACCAUUAUGGAUUUACAGACUGAGAUCUCUUUAUUAUUUCCUGCUCUAAACGAACUGUGGACGAGGAACGUAGAUUUCUGCCACAGCUUGGGAUGACGAUGACCCUAUAAGGGACCAGCACACAAUAGAGGACAGCGUCGUUUUCCCCCUUCCUUCCCUCAUUCUCUCUUCCUCUUUCCCUUUCUUAUAAAACCCAACCACAUCCCUCCCUCCAGAUUCCCUCUAACAGACCCUCCUUCGCAGAAACGUAUUUUAUUUAGAAAGAUUUUAUUCUUGGCAUAUACAGAAAUGAUGCAUUAUAAAUUGUGGGGGCACACAGCUCUAUGUAUAUAUGUGUACACAUGUAUUAGGAGUUAUCAUGUCGAGGUGCAAGUGUGCAUGAAAUCGUGUGCGUGUGCGAACGAAAAUGCAUUUAAACAGGAACCGGUUUUCAUUUCGUUACUUUUAGAUCUCAAAAUGUGCAUUUUUCCCUCAUAAAAUGCUCUGCCUAGGUCACUUUUUUUUGCCUCUUGCGUAAAAUUCAUCGCAAUGCACCAUUCAGUUUGACUAUUGAAGACAAGAGUGUGUGAUUCAUGUUUGUGUUUAUGUAUGAAUGUAUCCCGUUGCCUCCACUGGCUCAGGAUGGACUGCUGAAGGUGAGCUCUAUCGUGCUAAUGGAAGGAAAUGUUAAAGGAUUGUACUGAGGUCAGUUAUUUAAACAGGCCGAAUUUUUUCACUAGUAUUUCAAGCAUUAAUUUUUUAGUUUGUAGUCAUUCCUUUCGCCCAAUUGGCUCUGUAAUGAUGAAACUGGAAUUGAGGUGCAAGAUCGAGAGAGAGAGAGCGUGUUGUGUGUGUGAUGUUGUAGAAAAUAAUGCAUUUUGCUGGCUCAGUCUGUUGAGUUUUCUUUUUCUUGGUUUUUUCUUCUUGUUUUUUUUUACCUGUUGUUACCUGUUUUUUAAUCUGUUAUUUGUCUGGCCUUGCAUGCCAAUUGUACAGGGUGUCGUUCUUCAAAGCUGCGUUUUCCAG